AUGGCACAGUUAAUCACUGUGCGGCUGAACAAGUCGGAACAGCAACCACUUGGCUUCAGGCUGCAAGGCGGGAAGGACUUUGGCACACCGCUCGUUGUUCAGAAGGUGAACGGUGGCAGCGCAGCUGAAAGGGCGGGUCUGCAAGCUGGUGACGCUCUAAUACGAGUAAAUAAUACUGAGGUGUAUGCGUUGCGACACCAAGAGGCGCAAGACACCAUCCGGGCAGCGGGGACUGCUCUUGAACUCACCGUGCAACGUGGUGGUGGAACCUGGAGGCCAUCAGUGACUCCUACAGGCAGCCUGCCAAGGCCUGGUUCCAGGGCACUUGGUACAUCUCCGACUCCCGUCACCAACACUUCACUGAAGGCGACACCUCAAGCGUCACGGGCGUUUGGUUCUGGCCACAACAGUGUUGCUAAACCAUUUGGUUAUAUGAACGGUUCGGAUUCGAUGAAGGGUAUCGUGAACAAGCAGUACAAUACGCCUGUCAACAUGUACAGUGACAAGACCAUCGCUGAGACGCUCUCUGCGCAAACUGAAGUUCUUGCAGGCGGAGUCCUAGGAGUGAAUUUUAAGAAGAACGAAAAAACAUACGAUUCUGAGAAGAGCGCAGUUUUCAAAGUUUUACAAGAGGAGCAAAAUGAUCCGGAACCAGCCGAAGCGCCAUCUGCUCCGACAACGCCAGUGAGUGGUCUAAGGCAUGUCCAGGCGCCGGUCGCCAAACCCGAGGUACCCGUUAACACGGGAGGACUUCCCGUGGGACAGAAUAUCUGUGAAGAUUGCGAGCGCCUUAUUACGUAA